AUGAUUGAAACAAUACAACGUCGUGAACGAAACAUAUCUAUCAUGAAAUACACAUUGUUUGUGUUCUUAAUCAUCGUCCAUUCUUCCCAUGGUGCCUGUCCGAAAGCAACAUUCGAGUUCAGAAAUAAAACGAAAACAGCUGUGUAUAACUUUAUCGAUUCAUCAAUUGGAAAUAUCGGCUCAUUAGAAACAUGUCCAUACACGGGUCGACCUUAUGUUUACUUACCGUGUUAUCCAAAUUCCUCAUGGGGACGUGAUCCGUACUUCAGUAACUGUAUACAACCAAUAGAAAUCAAACAGGAAGCAAAGUCAAUCGUACCAAAAGACAAUCCCUAUGGAAGAUUAUCGUUCGACGAAGUAGUUCGACUGCCAUUGACAACUUCCAACGAUAUUUCGAACAUUCUAUCUUAUGUGAACAACAAACAAACAACUGUCAAAUCAUCAUCUGACAUAACAUCGAUUGUGAAUUUAAUUGAUCGUAUAGUAACGAAUAAUCAAUACACGGAUGACAUCCAAACGAAUCUAUACUCAACUGCUAAUAAACUUCUCUCAUAUUCACUAAAAUCACAAAUGCGAGAAGCUCAGAAGAUGAAUGGAAGUGUUGUCAAAUUACUAUCAUUAAUGGAAGCGUAUUCCCAAAAUGUCAUCUUUGAAGAACCUGAACGUUCUUUUAACGAAAACAAUCUUGCUGUAUCCAUUGUCAACAGGCCAAACAGUCGUUCCGAACCAAUUAUUGGUUUUGCUUUCGAUUCGAAUAACAAUGUGACAAAAGCAAUUAGUUCAGAAGAUUAUGAUCGGAAUUUCACGUCGAUUAUUUUGAAUACUCAAGCUUUGAUGAAACAGAAUCGUUUAGCAUUCUCUGUCUACGAUGAAAAGACAGGUUUAUUUAAUGAUAAUCAACACCAAGUGUUAACACGAGUGAUUUCAUUGACUGUUGAUAAACCUGAAGCAGUGAAGCAUAGCGGGUCAUUUGUGAAAAUUUCCUUUCAAUUGGAUAGCGAUUUUCAACAGCGAAAUCAGAGUUUACGGUGUGCAUUUUGGAAUAUAUUUGAUAAUAUGACAGCGAAAUGGUCAACGGAAGGUUGUCAAAUAGAAAGCAUCAAGCAACAACGUGUUACAUGUAUUUGUAAUCAUUUAACACAUUUCGCUGUUUUAAUGGAUAUCGAACAAACACCAACACCGAGAUUGGUUGAACAACUUCUUUCAGUAAUCACAUUGAUUGGUUUAUUACUCUCAUCAACUGGCCUGUGUUUGACGAUUCUAACAUUUAUAUUUUUCAAAAAACUACGUCGUCAUUUCAGUCAAAAAUCUCUUCUACUCUUAUCGAUAAACCUUCUAUGCGUGAAUAUUCUAUUUUCGAUUAUUUGUCUGUUCACGUUAAAACACUUACUAUGCGUUAUUAUUGCAAGUUUAUUACAUUAUUUUAUCUUGGCAACAUUUAGUUGGAUGUUUAUCAUGGCAUUGAUACAAUAUUUACUAUUUGUCAAAGUUUUUCCAUCUUCAAUCUCUGCUUUUACGAGGAAAGCAGCAGCGUUCUCGCAAUUGAUUCCAUUGAUUCCUGUUUUAAUCGUCCUCUUGAUUGAUCCAUGGAAUUAUACAAAGCGAGCCGAUCAUAUAUGUUGGUUAUCCAAUUUACCAUUUUAUUUGUCAUUCAUUCUACCGAUUGUUUUGUAUAUCUUUAUCAACAGUAUUCUGUUCGUUACCGUUGCUUACUCACUUCUAUGUGGUAAAACAGCACAACGAUUGCAAAGCACACAUUCUUUGGAAUCUCAACGAGUCUCACGUUUUACAGUUGCAUUGAGUUGUUUCAUUGUACUUGGGCUAACUUGGACAUUUGGUCUGUUUACUAUUGGACCAGUUCGUCUAUUGUUCCAAAUCUUAUUUUGUAUAUUUGCUUCAUCGACAGGGUUUUUAAUAUUUAUUCUUUAUAUAAUAACAUCGAAAACGAAACGAACAUGCUGGAAUAAUACGUUUAAAUCGUUUGGAAUAUCUUCAAUCUAUUCUCCGACAUCCUCGUCAUCGUCCGGCUUUCUAGGCAGUAAAGAGUUUUCUUCCACAUCAGUCAGUGAUCAUCAAAAACUACCUACUCGUCAUACGCAAUAUCCUUCACAACCUCAACAUUUUAUUGAUGCGUAUAUGCCAUCAUCACCUCCACCGCCAGCUCCGCCCAUCGUACCACCAUCUCAAUCAACGUUAGUCAUCGAAGGUGAUGAUUCAAUUUAUCCAACAGAUAUGGCCAAUCAUUUGUACGAACCACGGCAUGUUUGGGCACCACAUACAAACUAUAUUUAUGAAACGAACCAACCGACGACAUCGCUCGAUGAUUAUUCUCUAUUCUACAGUUCAAAUCAUGAUGCAACAAAACUAUGA